GUACUGGAACGUCAGCCUCCAGCAGCGAGCCGAGGGCUGGGCGCACAAAUGCCUCUUCAAGCACGAGCGUAACCCUGACCUUGGCGAGAACCUCUUCUUCGACACGGACCACGACAACGACGUCUUCCUCCGCGGCAUGAAGGCGUGGCACGAUGAGAAAUCCAAGUGGGGCUACACUGACCAGGGCUGCAGGGGGACGUGCCAUUACACACAGGUAAGCUCCAUCAGGUGUCUGAACGACAACUUUGCUGUAUCUCUAGCACUAUCAUUUCUUGUAUCCAAAGAGUGCUAAAACGUGCAGAAAUGAUUAAUUUUUAAACAUGAGAAAAUCAUAUCUGAAAAGCACGUUCUAAAUAGUUUUUUUUUUCCACCUGAAGUUAAAAACAAACUGAGUGUUGUGUGACAGAUGUUGUAGUGACGCUAGCUUUCCAUUUUUUCAUGAUAUUUUCCAUGCUGCGUCCGACAGGUCGUAUGGUCCUACACAACAACGGUCGGCUGCGCUGCCCACGUCUGUCCAGCACUGAGUGUUUCCGGACGCUACAUCAAGGACGCUAUGUAUCUCGUCUGCUACUACUAUCCCAGGUAUUUGGAAUGAAAACUUUAAUCCAAAAGCUACAACAUCCAUUUUGAAGACGGAAAUGAAGCCAUGCUCAAAUUAAAUUGGAAUAAAGAGCCUACUCGGAAACGUGUUUGAAUGGAAAUUUGUUCGAAAUAAAUUUUCUUUGCAGUUAAAUAAGAUUACGAUAAUUUUAAGGGUUCUGGGGAAAAUAUCAACUUUUUAAGAAAGUUAAAAUUGUUGUUUCUUUUUCCUUUAACUUUAUUGGGGAACAAAACUCGCGUCGAACAAAUUUAUUUCGUAAAAUUUCCGAUAACAAAUAAAUAUUUGUGUGAUGUUAAAAUACUAUUGCUUAACGGGGGGGGAGCGAGUUAUUUUUUUUUCAAAGGGUCCGGGUGUUUUGAUAAAGAAACAAAAACAAAAAACAAAUAGGUCAAGGUCGAAGGGAGUCAAAAAAUAUAUAUAUAUAUACAAUUUCUCUUUUUUUUUAAAAAUGAAUGUUUGCCGGCCUUUAAACAAUAGUCCCCCAGACAGUAGUCCUACACCAUACCUGCCGGCCUUUAAACAUAAGUCCCCCAGACAGUAGUCCUACACCAUACCUGCCGGCUUUUAAACAAUAGUCCCCCAGACAGUAGUCCUACACCAUACCGGCCGGUCUUUAAACAAUAGUCCCCCAGACAGUAGUCCUACACCAUACCUGCCGGCCUUUAAACAAUAGUCCCCCAGACAGUAGUCCUACACCAUACCUGCCAGCCUUUAAACAAUAGUCCCCCAGACAGUAGUCCUACACCAUACCUGCCGGCCUUUUAACAACAAUCCCCCAGACAGUAGUGAUACCCCAUACCUGUCGGCCUUUAAACAAUAGUCCCCCAGACAGUAGUCCUACACCAUACAUGCCGGCCUUUAAACAACAGUCCCCCCGACAGUCCUGCCCCAUACCCGAUGCUCUUUAUUAAUUAAUAUACUAGUCGUCUCCACCUAAACGGAAAAAUUCAACCUUUUUACCCGAGUUCAACGUCACGUCACGAAUGACACACCAGAAGCAAUAUAUAUAUAUAUACCAGAAUUUUAAUUGUUAAUGUUUCGUCAUGAUUUCCAUGUGUACUGUGUAAGUGUUGUGUUGUCCAAUUUGUCAACACCUGACUCACGUCUGUUAAUAAAAUGAAAAAACAACAACAAAAAACAGUAGUUAUAUAGCCAGCCAAACUUGGCUACAGCAAUGCGUCAAUUUAAUAAUAUAUACAUUCAGAAUGACAACAUUAAUCUUUUUUUAAUUAUGUAAAAAUGUGUUUGUUAACCAACAGAGGCAACUUCAUAGGUCAGUUUCCAUUUUCCCGCGGUCAGUCAUGCUCUGGGUGCGACAAGGAGGACACAUGCUCUGAAGGCUUGUGUAUAUCGUCUGGACCUGAGUCGAAGCGAGCCCCAGGUGAGACCUCGGGUCUCUAUCAUCACUCUCUUAAAACGUUUUAGCAGAGCUCUUUUACCCGGGGGGGGGGGGGGGGGGGGGGGGGAUCUGGAUGUAGUCCAAUGGUGAACAUCGAAUGAACGCAUCUAGUAAAAAUUCGUGUUUUGUAGAUUUUUAGUUUCGUUUCUUGUACUGUAAGCCUACUUGAGAGUAAAAGUAUAAUAUAACUUUUUAUAAUAACAUUUGGUUGUUAAGUUGACAAUGAGGUGUACUUUUGGUUGUUAUGUUUGCAGUGAGGUGUACUUUUGGUUGCGUGAUUGUUGUGAAGUAUACAUUUGGUUUGAAGGUUGGUAGUCAAGUUUACUUUUGGAUGUGGAGUUGGUAGGGAAGGGUGCUUUAUGUUGUCGAGUUGGCAGUGACGUUUGCUUUAGGUUGUGACAUUUGCAGUGAAGUGUGCUUUAGGUUGUCGCGUUGGCAGUGAAGUGUGCUUUAGGUUGUCGCGUGGGCAGUGAAGUGUGCUUUAGGUUGUCGCGUGGGCAGUGAAGUGUGCUUUAGGUUGUCGAGUUGGCAGUGAAGUGUGCUUUAGGUUGUCGCGUGGGCAGUGAAGUGUGCUUUAGGUUGUCACGUGGGCAGUGAAGUGUGCUUUUAAAGAAAAUGAAGUUUCAGCUUUAUAUUUUAAAAACAUAGAAUGGCUACAAUUCUUUGCUUCUCCUUUUUUUUCAGAUUUUGUCAAAUCGCUAUCGCCACAGGGCAAUUUUCGGCACACCAGCUCAUCAUCCUUCGAAGCUUUCAAGUCCUUAAGUCAAGAUUUUUCAUCCUUGACCCAUCGCAUCUCCAAACCUGGCCACCAAACCGCCCAUUUUGCCGAACGCCACCAGAAGACAGAAACAUUGUCUUCCUCAUCUUCCUCACAAACUCACUCUGUAUCCAACAACGGGGGAUACGAAACGAGGCACCAUCAAAUAUCUCACCGCCACCACCAUCAACAGCAGGUGGAGCAGAAGGAGGUGGCGUGGAUCCACCAGCAGACAUCAAACAGCGCAAGGCAAGAUAGAGAGCAGGACACGGGCCUGAAAGAACAGCCAGCAUACGAGUUGACGCGAGUCCUGGAGGCACAGAGAAGAGAUGAGCAGAUACGCCGGGAGCAUCACUGGCGAGAAGAGCAAAGGCAGCACAAUCAGCAGCAGAUCAAGACCGGUCGUGAAUACUCGCAGAAGACCAGCAGAGAAGAGGAGUCUAAAAUAAGUUACAACUCUGAUCACGAUCGGGUGUUAUCAAAUCCACACAUGACAAAUUAUUCCACGAACAAUGAUUUGAAUACACGGGGCCAAGUGACAACGACGUCCUCAUCGGAAGCACAACGGAGAGAGCAAGAGAUGCUGGCACGGAUGUACCACAGCCAGGUCCAUAGAACUGGGACUAGUGUUGAUGACUUAAAGAAAUCCAACCGGGCCCCCCAGGAAGAAAUACCCGACAACUCUGGGAGAGAAGAUGACACGUUGGUGCUGAUUGGAUCGAAGAGAGACGGAAAGAACGAAGGGUCGGAAAAUGCUGAAGAUUUGGAUACAUAUCUGGAGGCGUCUGGCGGAAAGCCGUGCAGCGACAGACAUCCUGAGUGAGUGGGCAGUUGGUUCAUAGAUAUAUCUAGUAAAUAUAAAAAAAAAUAUCUAUCAAUGAGUCCGAUUUUAUUAUUAUGUUGUUAAUUUAAUGAGUGUAAAUCCUUGAGGAGUGGGGUUUUAAACUUUUGUAGAGUAAGUGGAAUCAUGGCCCUGCAGGGGAAUUUUGGGCCUCGAGCAAAUCCAAAUUUUUGGCCCCCGCAUAUUUCAAAAUUAUUGAAUUUAAUGUUUGAAUUCCGCUCUUGGGGGCCCCUUUGCGGGCUGGACCCGAAUGAUUUACUCGGUUGCCUCGGCCUCUAUACAACCUUGGGUUGAGUAAUGCAUGAAGUGAUAUAUCACCUGAUCAUGUGGUUAUUGAUCGGAAGUUAAUCUAAAAAUAAGUGAACCAUAUAAACAAGCAUAAAACGUAUGCACAUCUCGGUGCUUUUAAACUAAAUGGCAAAUCAAGUGACGUGCAUGCUCAAUGAAGUUUAGUUUAUUUCAAUAAUUGAAUUCCGUCAUUAAACAAGGUCUUGCUCACAUUCAGGUGUGAACGCUGGGCCACAAAAUGCUACAGGAGCGCGGCCGUGACCUUGUCGUGCCCCUUGACGUGCGGGAAGUGUGGCAAACAUCUGGCGGAGCCGCAGAACGACCAACGUCCUCAGAGCAGCUACCACGCCCCCGGCAGAAGGCGUAACCCGAAAGGCUAUCACGUGGCGAUGAAACGGAACCGUCAACAACGGCGUCAACGGGAGCAGGAUGAGAGGACCGAACAACGGUUGGUAGGACAUAGGACAUGACCUGGGUUUGGUGGGACAUGGGACACGACCGGGGUUUGGUGGGACAUGGGACACGACCGGGGUUUGGUGUGACAUUUAUUGACAUUAGCUAGGUUAGUUUGAUAUGUGACAUUAGGUAGGUUUGUUUGAUAUGUGACAUUAGCUAGGUUUGUUUGAUAUGUGACAUUAGCUAGGUUUGUUUGAUAUGUGACAUUAGCUAGGUUUGUUUGAUAUGUGACAUUAACUAGGUUUAGUAUGACAUGUGACAUUAGCUAGGUUUGUUUGAUGUGUGACAUUAGCUUGGUUAUGUAUGACACGUGACAUUAGCUAGGUUUGUUUGAUGUGUGACAUUAGCUUGGUUUGGUAUGACACGUUACAUUAGCUAGGUUUGUUUGAUGUUAGACAUUAGCUUGGUUUGGUAUGACACUUGACAUUAGCUAGGUUUGUUUAUGUGUGACAUUAGCUAGGAUUUGUAUGACACGUGACAUUUGCUAGGUUGGUAUGACACGUGACAGUAGCUAGGUUUGUUUGAUAGUGACAUUAGCUAGGUUUGUUUGAUAUGUGACAUUAGCUAGAUUUGGUAUGACACGUGACAUUAGCUAGGUUUGUUUGAUGUGUAACAUUAGCUAGGUUUGGUAUGACACGUGACAUUAGCUAGCUUUGCUUGAUAUGUGACAUUAGCUAGGUUUGUUUGAUAUGUAACAUUUGCUUGGUUUGUUUGAUAUGUGACAUUAGCUAGGUUUGGUAGGACACGUGACAUUAGCUAGGUUUGUUUGAUAUGUGAUAUUAGCUAGGUUUGUUUGAUAUGUGACAUAAGCUAGGUUUGUUUGAUAUGUAACAUUAGCUAGGUUUCUUUGAUAGUGACAUUAGCUAGGUUUGUUUGAUAUGUGAAAUUAGCUAGGUUUGGUAUGACACGUGACAUUAGCUAGGCUUGAUUGAUGUGUAACAUUAGCUAGGUUUGGUAUGACACGUGACAUUAGCUAGCUUUGCUUGAUAUGUGACAUUAGCUAGGUUUGUUUGAUAUGUGACAUUUGCUAGGUUUGUUUGAUUAUGUGACAUGAGCUAGGUUUGGAUUGACACGUGACAUUAGCUUGGUUAGUUUGAUAUGUGACAUUAGGUAGGUUUGUUUGAUAUGUGACAUUAGCUAGGUUUGUUUGAUAUGUGACAUUAGCUAGGUUUGUUUGAUAUGUGACAUUAGCUAGGUUUGUUUAUAUGUGACAUUAGCUAGGUUUGUUUGAUAUGUGACAUUAGCUAGGUUUGUUUGAUGUGUGACAUUUACUAGGUUUAGUAUGACACGUGACAUUAGCUAGGUUUGUUUGAUGUGUGACAUUAGCUUGGUUAUGUAUGACACGUGACAUUAGCUAGGUUUGUUUGAUGUGUGACAUUAGCUUGGUUUGGUAUGACACUUGACAUUAGCUAGGUUUGUUUAUGUGUGACAUUAGCUAGGAUUUGUAUGACACGUGACAUUAGCUAGGUUUGAUUGAUGUGUAACAUUAGCUAGGUUUGGUAUGACAUGUGACAUUAGCUAGGUUUGUUUGAUAUGUGAUAUUAGCUAUGUUUGCUUGAUAUGUGACAUUAGCUAGGUUUGUUUGAUAUGUGACAUUAGCUAGUUUUGGUAUGACACGUGACAUUACCUAGGUUUGUUUGAUAUGUCACAUUAGCUAGGUUUGGAUUAACAUGUGACAUUAGCUAGGUUGGUAUGACACUUGACAUUAGCUAGGUUUCUUUGAUAGUGAAAUUAGCUAGGUUUGUUUGAUAUGUGACAUUAGCUAGGUUUGGUAUGACACGUGACAUUAGCUAGGUUUGUUUGAUGUGUAACAUUAGCUAGGUUUGGUAUGACACGUGACAUUAGCUAGGUUUGCUUAAUAUGUGACAUUAGCUAGGUUUGUUUGAUAUGUAACAUUUGCUAGGUUUGUUUGAUAUGUGACAUUAGCUAGGUUUGGUAGGACACGUGACAUUAGCUAGGUUUGUUUGAUAUUUGACAUUAGCUAGGUUUGUUUGAUAUGUGACAUUAGCUAGGUUUGUUUGAUAUGUAACAUUAGCUAGGUUUCUUUGAUAUGUGACAUUAGCUAGGUUUGUUUGAUAUGUUACAUUAGCUAGGUUUGGCAUGACACGUGACAUUAGCUAGGUUUGAUUGAUGUGUAACAUUAGCUAGGUUUGGUAUGACACGUGACAUUAGCUAGGUUUGCUUGAUAUGUGACAUUAGCUAGUUUUGUUUGAUAUGUGCCAUUUGCUACGUUUGUUUGAUUAUGUGAAAUUAGCUAGGUUUAGAUUGACACGUGACAUUAGCUAGGUUUGUUUGAUAUUUGACAUUAGCAAGGUUUGUUUGAUAUGUGACAUUAGCUAGGUUUGUUUGAUAUGUGACAUUAGCUAGUUUUGUUUGAUAUGUUGCAUUAGCUAGGUUUGUUUUAUAUAUGACAUUAGCUAGGUUUGGUAUGAAAUGUGAUAUUAGCUAGGAUUGUUUGAUGUGUGACAUUAGCUAGGUUUGUUUGAUAUGUGACAUUUGCUAGGUUCGGUAUUAGACGUGACAUUAGCUAGGUUAGUUUUAUAUGUGACAUUAGGUAGGUUUGGUAUGGCAUGUGACAUUAGCUAGGUUUGUUUGAUAGUGACAUUAGCUAGGUUUUUUUUGAUAUGUGACAUUAGCUAGGUUUGUUUGAUAUGUGACAUUAGCUAGGUUUGGUAUGACACGUGACAUUAGCUAGGUUUGUAUGAUACUUCACAUUAGCUAGGUUUUAUAUGACAUGUGACAUGGGCUAGGUUUGGAUUGACAUGUGACAUUAACUAGGUUUGUUUGAUGUUUGACACUAGCUAGGUUCGUUUGACAUGUGACAUGGGCUAGGUUUGAUAUGACAUGUGACAUGGGCUAGGUUUGAUAUGACAUGUGACAUGGGUUAGGUUGAUAUGACAUGUGACAUGGGCUAGGUUUGAUAUGACAUGUGACAUGGGCUAGUUUGAUAUGACAUAUGACAUGGGUUAGGUGUGAUAUGACAUGUGACAUGGGCUAGGUGUGAUAUGACAUGUGACAAGGGAUAUGUUUGAUAUGACAUGUAACAUGGGCUAGGUUUGAUAUGACAUGUGACAUGGGCUAGGUUUGAUAUGACAUAUCCCACGUGCCAAAGAAGAGUAAGUAUAGCGUGGCUUUAAAUAUCCAAGCGGCCUCAAAAAGUCUAGACCCCCCCCCCAGGGUAUCUAAAAUUACCAUUGAAAGACACGACCUAAAACAGUGCUGGUCCUACUCAUUGACGCCCUAUGCUCCUGGCCUCAUUGGUACCCUAUGGCCCUAGCCUCAUUGGAGCACGUAUGGUCCUAACCUCAUUUGAGCCCUAUGCUCCUAGCCUCAUUGGCGCCCUAUUGUCCUAGCCUCAUUGGCACCCGUGUGGUCCUAGCCUCAUUUGCGCCCUAUGCUUCUAGCCUCAUUGGUGCCCUUUUAUCCUAGCCUCAUUGGCGCCCUAUGGUCCUAGCCUCAUUGGUGCCCUUUGGUGAGUGCCGGACUUCACUUCAAAAUAAUAUAUUAUACAUUUUUAAAAUUGAAUUUCAAGAAACUUACAUUUAACGGGCUCUUUGUAAAUCUUAUGAUCAAACAAAACAUGUUCCCGGUUGAUUUUUUUUAACAGCUUUGAUACUUUGAUACAAAUUGUAAGAAAUAAUGUAAAUCGGUGUUAUGCACUUAAAAAAAUAAAACACUGCCGUUGCCAAAAGAUGUAAGACAGUUGCCCGGUAGGGUUCAAGGAAUCAAAUUAUGACUCAGAGCUGAAAUUCAAAAUGUUACGCAUCUAGUGCGCAAAUGUAGAGGAAAGUUUGAGUAGCCUAUGGAAUUUUUACUGACGGUUUCUUUUGAUAUAAUAGUAAUGUAAAAACAUAUUCGAAGCAUCUCUACUAUUGGGUUUGUCAUUUAAUGGCGGAAAUCUAUUAAUAGAACAUCCGGGCAUUCAGUUCGGGCAAUCUCAUUAAAUGGCGGGAAUAUUUUAAUAUAACAUCCUGGUACUCCGUUUGGCCAAUCUCUCAACAGCUGUUCCGUACUUCCACAUUAGUGUUAGUCAGCCAAGUGGGUCUUAAACUAGACUAAAACUUGUUUACAACAUUUUACGAAAGAUUUUGAAAACAAUUUGUUCUUUCUAUAUAUAUGCUGAAAUACAUUGUUAGCUGCCAUGUUUUACUAAAAACUUUCAAAAAAUAAUAACAUUGCGUAAUGCUGUGUGACAGUUUCCAGUUUUAGAAAUGAUAAACCCUGUUCGGAGAAUGUUGCUACUGUCAUAACGAUACUUAAAAAGACUUUAAAAUAUUUAAACUUACAUCCAUUGUAUAUAUGCACAAUUUUAUUCCGUUCCUUUACUGACAUGCAUUUGCAAUUAUCUUCUUCUUCUAUAUAUUGUAUUGGUCAUUCUGGCUCCUAUAUAUGUAGAGGGAUUUCCAUGCCUGGUAUUGGAGAGGAUAUGUCACUGGCUGCAAGGACCACUCAGCGAGGGUAUCAGGACAUGGUGUUUGGAAGGCCUGAGGCAAUAGACCCAAACGUGUUAAGCGUUGUCGCCUCACCUGUUUCUUUUGGAAGCUUUUUCCAGCCCUUGAUUGUCUUUGGCAGGAAUGAGCAGUUCCUGUAAUGUGUUCUUACUGUUAUGAGCCGGAUUUGCCUGUCAUGGCCUCGUGGCAUCGGGAGGGGGGGGGGGUCUGUUUAAGGCUGGAGCAGUGGACCAGUCCAUUAUUUAUCUUUUACAUCAUGGAGAGCAUGGAUAAUCGUCGCGUUUCCUUUAAUGAAGCUAAACAGUAGAGGUGUUCCUGUAGCGGUUCAGAACAAUGCGGCUGCCCGUCAUUGGACCGCUUCCAAACUAUCAAUGCUUUGCUGGGUGAAUGGGUCUGGUGCCAUAGCUUAAUGCUUAUUUUCUAUAUAUUGCGAAUCUCAAUAACUCUCAAAAAGAAAUAAUUUCAAAACUUGACUAAUAUUUAUCCUAACUGUGUAUACUUAACAUAGACGGACAGACAAUGAAAAACCUGCCAGGGACCAGCCCAACAGGGAACACACUACCAGGGAAAGCGUUAGCAGAGAACGGACAACAAGUUUACGCCGUCCAGGUAGAACACAGCGGACCAGGCCUCAGAAACUAACAUCCUUGGAUCGGCAAGCUAGUGAACAGACGGCACGAGAUCAGAGGACAAGAGGUCAGUCGAACAGAGAGCAACUGCCCAGAGAUCAGGUCACCAGGGCGUACCAGCCAAGGGAACAGGCGAUCAGGGAGAGUGUAGGGGUUGAUCAUGAUGGCCCUAUGGAGCUCAAGUCCCCGCCUGUUUUACAAGACCAUGCUCGAGGCCGACAUGCGGAAAGGUCAAGGUCGCACAGUCGUGAACAGAGCUCUCCCAGAUCUGCACACAGCACCCAUUCCAGGACACACCAACACACUCAAGGUGAGGUUUUAUUUGAGUUGUUGUCAAACAGGGUUAGAAUUCAAACAUAAUCUCUUAUAUUCUUUUUGCAUGUGGUGUGACUGCUUCCAUAUCCGAAUAGCGCGCAAAAUAUAAUUCCCGAUAACUUCGCUAAAUUAUUUUUUUUAAAAAUAACGUAACUGCGUUUGGUGCGUAAUAUGUUUUUUUUCGUAAAAUGAGAUCGUCUCAAUUUAAAUAUGGUGCCAUAAAGUUUCGGUUCAAAAGUGGUUGGAACAUCAUACUAUUCAUAUAAUUUAUGGGCGUGAAAUAAAAAAGUGUGUAGUGACGUAUCAUGAAGGAAGAAGUGUAGCAAAAAAAUUGGGAUUCUUAAUUGUGCGUUACUUGAGUUCAUAUUUUGUCAAGUAAUUUUAAUAGAUGGAAUGUUAACGCAUGCUGUCGCCAAUGUUUGGCGAGCUGUAUCUAGUUCAUCUUUAUUUUAUGAAUCAUUUAUAUUAACUUAGUUUUUGUUCUUAGUUAGUAUGUUUCUUUCUUUGUUGCUGGGUGUGUAUGGCAAAAUCUUCGGAAGGUUUAUUGACCCCCUAUCCCUUCAACCUAUCAAGCUGAAACUUGGCACAUGGACUCGUUGCCGAUGAAAACAAAUUCUUUCAAAAUUUCAGCCCCACUCCAAACCCCCCAAAACCCAGCUUUUCCUGUUUUUUUUUAAGGGAACAAUGAAGGAAAUCUGAUGAAACUAAUUUCACGAAAUAAAAUUCCCGAUAACUGCGCUAAAUGAGAUUCUUAAAAAUAUCGCAAGUGCGUUUGAUACAUAAUAUUUUCUUGUUUUUUUUGUUCUGAAAUAGUUGGUGUGUUAAAUGUGCGGUGUUAAAACGGGUGAGCCGUUGGUAAACUAAUAUAAAAUAAAAUAAUUUUAAAAUGCAUAUAAAGGAUUUUUACAUCAAAAAAAACCUUUGUUUUAUGGGUUGUUCUAUCAUUGUUGAUAUUAAAAUUACAAUUUUUACACAACUAUUUUUAGACUCCUCGUGAGCAGAUUUAUCUUCCUCGUUUGGUAAAACGGAAAAAGGGCGCAGUGCUUGCCCCGCCCCGGACACUGACAACCUGUCUUUAGUCGCGUGGCUAGGGGUGUGGAAGGGGCGGUCGCCCCCGUUACUUUUUUUAAAAAAUUUAUAUGGAAGGGUGGCAUUUUCAACCAAUUGCAGUGUUUUUCGAGGAGAGGGGGGGGGGGCAAAAGUAUCGGCCUCGCCCGGGUGGCAAUAACCCUAGCUACGCCACUGCCUGUCUUGUUUUAAUAGACUUACAAACCACUAUUAAGUGGAGUCAAUAAUUGCUUUCUAAUUAAUUGGUGUUACUUUUAUUUCCUGCCAUGUCUAGCCCGGCCUGGUGUCUGCAGAGAUGAUCCCAAGUACGUGAAGAGCUGCAAGUAUUGGUUCAAGAAAGGCUUCUGCCAGGGCAAUGAACUCAUCAAGACAAUCUACUGUCGCUGGUCGUGUGCCUCCUGUGGUUAAAUCAGGAAUCUGCUCUAGUUUCAAUGUGCUUCCCAUUUUUUUUACGUGUACAUAUCAAUGUGUAGGCCUACGUGUUAUUUAGGCUACGGUUGUGCACGAGAUGGUGUGCUAUUGAUGACGUGCACUUGAUUAUGUGCACGUGGUGAUGUGCAUUUGAUGAUGCGCACGUGGUGAUGUGUGCAUGACGAUGUAUACGGGAUGAUGCGUAUGUGAUGAUGUGUACGUGAUGAUGUGCGCGUGAUGAUGUGCACGUGGUGAUGUGCACGUGGUGAUGAGCGUGUGAUGCUAUUCAGAGUCAAGGGUGAGCGGUUGUUAGGAAAAGGCUUAUCAUAUUUGCGGUACGAUUAUUUUUCCCAGCACAACUCAGACAUCUCUGCAAUCACGACCAAACAAUCGAAAGGUCAGUCAAGCGAGGGAUGGUCUUAAAUGACGACCGAAGAAUAGUAGGUACCUGGGUGUCGACAUAUUGGACGCACUCCACCUCACCCCACCCGCUCAAAAUACGCCUGAACAUGGAGUGCGUCUCAGGCAUUGACAAUCAAAAUGAUAAAAUGAAAUUUCAGUCAGUCUAU